AAUGGAAAAUUUUAAUAAACAGACACAACAGAGAUUUCAUGAAUAUGACGAAAGGAUGAAAAAUACACGCCAAAAAUGUAAAGAUCAAUGUGAUAAAGAAAUACAAAAAAUUAUUUUAAAAGAUAAAUUAGAAAAACAAAUGGCACAACAGUUAACCACAUUAGAAACAAAGAUAGAUACCGAUGAUAUACCUACAUGUGUCUGCGAAAAGUCGAUGGCGGACAAAGUGGAAAAGGGAUGUUUGAAGUGUGGAGGAGUAUUAGGUGCGGCGAUGCCUGAAUUGGGUUCCAUAGGUGGAAGUCUUUUAAGUGCUUUAUAUGCCUGGAAACCUACGGCACUUAAGGUUGCUACACAAUAUGCCAUAGAUAAGGGUUUUGCUUUCGGUAAAGUUUAUGGUGAUAUUCACGGUAGGAAAAUAGUUAUUACAUUUUUAGAAAAAUUGGGUGUAAAAGAUUUUUGUCCUGAUUUAUUUGAAUCCAUUGGUACUACAACUGAUUAUUAUGAUGCCUCAAAGAUUGCUGGAAUUAUUCUUCAAAGAAAAAAUGAUAUGUGUUCGGCGACGGCCGCUAGCCAGGCGAAUAGUACUAUGUGCACAAAAUUUGAGAUUGAAUUUGGUCUACGUCUUACAAAUGGUACACCAACUGGUCCUCCACCAACUCAAGCUAUACCACAAACGAUAAAAGGACUUGUUGAAGAAGCUACACAAGCUGCUGAAGCACUUGCUGAGACUAGUGCUAAAGACGUUGCUGCUGAAAUCACAAAAGAACAGACUAAUGCGAUAAAUACUAUAUUUAUGAGUAACCAGACUGCUAUCAUUGCUUCCAUCGUUGCAAUUGUAGUCAUAAUUUUGGUUAUGGUGAUUAUUUAUUUGAUUUUACGUUAUCGACGAAAAAAGAAAAUGAAGAAAAAACUCCAAUACAUAAAAUUAUUAGAAGAAUAG